GGACGCUAGCUUCACUAGUUUUUCUUUUGAGGUUAUGAAUAUUGCUGUUGUUUAGAUUUUAAAUUUUAACCCUUGCAAUUUUCUUCAAUAAAACGCCCUAAAACUCGAUGAUGAAGUCACAAGCCGAAUACAAAUUAAAGUCACCCCCGGACGAUGCCAUUUCCAGCGUUAAAUUCGGUCCGAACACAAACCAAUUUUUACUAGUUUCUUCCUGGGACAGUUAUGUGCGUUUAUACGAUGUGACCGCGAACAAUUUAAGACACAAAUAUGCUCAUGAUAAUGCAGUACUGGACUGCUGCUUCACGGAUGCCGUGCACUCAUACUCUGGUGGCCUGGAUAACACCUUGAAGUCGUUUGACUUUAAUACAACCACAGAAAAUGUUGUCGGGGCUCACAAUAAUGCUAUAAAGUGUGUUGAAUAUUGCAGCGAACUGAAUUGUGUCCUGACUGGCAGUUGGGAUCAUCACGUUAAAAUAUGGGACCCCAGAGCCUCUGGUGCCAGCGGGAGUUACAAUCAGAGCGAUAAGGUUUAUUCUAUGGAUACUUGUGGGGAGAAACUAUUAGUUGCCACUGCUGGUCGAAAAGUCUUUGUUUGGGAUAUCAGGAAUAUGGCAUACGCCCUGCAGAAGAGAGAAACAAGUUUAAAGUACCAAACGAGAGCCAUCAAAGCUUUUCCUAAUAAGCAGGGGUUCGUUUUAAGUAGCAUAGAAGGUAGAGUUGCAGUAGAAUAUUUGGACACCAAUCCAGAAAUACAAAAGAAAAAAUAUGCCUUUAAAUGCCACAGAAUCAAAGAGGACGGACUGGAGAAAAUAUUCCCAGUGAAUGCCAUAAGUUUCCAUCCGAUAUAUAAUACAUUUGCGACAGGGGGUUCCGAUGGUUACGUGAAUGUUUGGGAUGGUUUUAAUAAGAAGAGACUUUGUCAAUUUCAUCAGUACCACACCUCGAUCACAUCUCUUAGUUUUAGUCAUAAUGGGUCAGUGUUGGCGAUUAGCUGUUCAUACUUUUUAGAAGAAGACAAUCCUCCCAGUCCUGUGCCAGAAGAUGCUGUUUAUAUUAGAUCGGUUACUGAUCAAGAAACUAAACCAAAAUAUAGUUCUGGGUCAGUUUAGUUGAAAAAUUGCUGAAUGAUUCUUAGAUGUAAGCCUUAGAGUAAGAUUUAUUGUAUCAUUAUAAAUAUUUCUCAAUUAUGUA